CAUAUAGUAACUUAAUGGCUAUUCUUAUAGAAUAUAUUCUCUUGAUUGUUCUUGUUUUAGUUUGUCUGUGGAUUAUUAGAAGAUAUUCAAUAAUUACGAAUUGGCCUGUGGUAGGGAUGAUUCCAGACAUAUUAUGGCAUGCAUCUAAGCUCCAUGAUUUUACAACUUCUAUUCUUGAGCAGAGUGGAGGCACGUUUCUAUUCAAAGGAAUUUGGUUUAGUGGGUCAGAUUUUUUGUUGCUUAGUGAUCCUAUCAAUCUCCACUACAUUCUGAGCAGGAACUUCCCAAAUUAUCAUAAGGGCAAGGAGUUCAAAGAGAUUUUUGAACCUCUUGGAAAUGGUAUUUUCAAUUCUGAUAACGAUAGUUGGAGAAUUCAAAGAAGAAUAGUUCAUUCUUUUCUUAAAGACAAGAGAUUUGAAUUGGCCGUGAAAAAUAGCAUGGAGCAGAAGAUCUUGAAAGGCCUUUUUCUAGUUCUUGAUAAUGCAUCGAAACUAGAAAGUGAAGUAGACAUGCAAGAUGUGAUUCAAAGAUUCACAUUUGAUAAUAUUUGCCAUUUGGUUUUAGGGUUUGAUCCAACUUCAUUAUGUGCUGAAUCACAUGAAGUUGCUUUCGAGAAAGCUUUUGAUGAAAUCGAGGAGAUUAUUCUUUACCGGCAUCUUCUACCAGGAUGCGUCUGGAAGUUACAGAGAUGGCUUCAAAUUGGUGAAGAGAAGAAAUUCACGAAAGCAUGGAGACUUUUUGAUGGUUUUUUACAACAAUGCAUUACGAGAAAGCAAAAGCAAUUAGCCCAACAAAAGAGUAAUGAUUUUGACUUGUUAACGUUCUUCUUGAUGAAAGAUGAUCAUCAAGAUCAAGAAGAAAUUACUAAAUCAGACAAGUUUCUAGCAGAUUUGGCUCUUAAUCUCUUAUCAGCAGGGAGAGAUACUAUAGGUGCUGCUCUUGUUUGGCUCUUUUGGCUUGUUGGAAAGCACCCACUUGUAGAGAAAAAGAUUCUAGAGGAGAUUAAAGAAAAUCUACAAGGAGAGAGUAAUAAUUGGAGGCUUUUCAAUUUUGAAGAGUUAAAGAAAUUAGUUUAUCUUCAUGCAACUAUAUGCGAGGUUCUUCGACUGUAUCCACCAGUGCCUUUCGAGCAUAAAACGUCCAUUAAACCAGAUGUUCUUCCAAGCGGGCACCAUGUCCCUGAAAAUAUGAGGAUUCUAUAUUCAUUAUACUCGAUGGGAAGAAUGAAAGAUAUAUGGGGAGAAGAUUGCUUAGAAUUCAGGCCAGAGAGAUGGAUUUCAGAGAAAGGACGAAUCAAACAUUUUCCAUCUUACAAGUUUAUAGCAUUCAACUCAGGACCUAGAACUUGUCUGGGUAAGGAUUUGGCUUUUAUAAAAUUAAAAACAGUUGCUUCUGCUGUUUUAUGGAAUUAUUCUCUUCGAAUUGUGGAAGACCAUCACAUUAGUCCUAAGAUUUCUGUCAUCCUUUAUAUGGACAAAGGUUUGAAGGUUAAGGUUUCUAAAAGAUUUGCUUCUUUAAACUAAAAUCCUCAUUUGAAAUGUCUCUUUCUAGAGAAUUACUCUCAAAAAAAAAAAAAAAAUAAUAAUAAUAAUAAUAAACUUAGAGGAGCUUGUAUUUUUUUUUUUUUUUUGAACUGAAUUAAAGGAGCUUGUAGAUGUUUUUAAUAUCUAGUUGUAUGAUUUUGCUUCUUGUUUCUACAUUUAGUUAUUUACGUAAUUGUUACAAGUCUUUGUAUGUGUUCCUGUACAUGUGCAAAGAGAAAACAUAAAUGGUUAGAAUCUAACCAUGUUUCAACUAAUUUUUUAAUGUAAAAAAUUAAUUAUGUGAGACCUA